AAUAAUAAUAAUAGAACAGUAGUAUUGGAGACUACCAUGGGAGAAAUUACAAUAGAGUUGUAUUGGCAACAUGCUCCAAGAACCUGUAAGAAUGUUUACGAGUUGGCAAAGAAAGGUUACUACAACAAUACAAUCUUUCAUCGUUUGAUAAAGGACUUUAUGAUACAGGGAGGAGAUCCAACAGGAACUGGAAAGGGAGGCGAAAGCAUAUAUGGUCCAAAGUUCGAAGACGAGAUUACAAAGGAACUGAAACAUACUGGAGCAGGAAUACUUUCGAUGGCCAACUCUGGAGCACAUACUAAUGGCAGUCAAUUCUUUAUAACAUUCGCACCAACUCCAUGGUUGGACGGAAAGCAUACUAUAUUUGGAAGGGUCAAGUCUGGCAUGACUGUUGUACAAAAGAUGAACGUGGCUUCGACGACUACAAACGAUCGACCAAUCGAGGAGAUCCGUAUAUUAAAAGCCAGAGUGACA